UCUUAUCUUAUCCAAUCAUAUUCUCAUUUCUCACUAUCCCUUUUAUUAUGACAUACAACAAAAAUUACUUCUACAUAUAUCUUCUUCUCCCAUUGAUGAACCAUUAAAAUUGUGUAAAAUUGAGAGAAAUGGAGGUGGCUAGAAGAAGACUUUCAAAUGUAGCAAAUCAUCUAAACCCAGAAUUAUCACUCACAAAUUCUCACCAUCAAUCCUCCAUUAACUUAUCUAAAACUUCCAUGAAUGAUAAUUAUCAUAAGGUUCAUGGUCAAGUUUCUUUAGACCCUGUUCUUUGGAACCCUGCUACUGAUGAUUCUGGGAAAGAAUUUACUGAUAUCAUCUAUGAAAAAGCUAAUGGAGAAGCCAUUGCUAAGAUUACAAUAAAUAGGCCAGAGAGAAGGAAUGCAUUUAGGCCAGAAACUAUAAAGGAGCUAAUUAGAGCAUUUGAUGAUGCAAGGGAUGAUAGCUCAAUUGGUGUUAUCAUUCUAACUGGGAAGGGGACCAAGGCGUUCUGCAGUGGUGGAGAUCAGGCCAUAAGAGGCAAAGAUGGCUACAUUGAUUCAAAAAACAUUGGCCGUCUUAAUGUUCUAGACUUGCAGGUCCAAAUUAGAAGGCUUCCAAAACCAGUUAUAGCAAUGGUUGCGGGUUAUGCUGUCGGAGGAGGACACAUUCUACACAUGGUCUGUGAUCUUACUAUUGCUGCUGAUAAUGCUAUUUUCGGUCAGACUGGUCCUAAGGUGGGCAGUUUUGAUGCUGGUUAUGGAAGUUCCAUCAUGUCUCGUUUGAUUGGACCCAAAAAGGCACGCGAAAUGUGGUUUCUGACGAGAUUUUACACAGCAACUGAGGCAGAAAGAAUGGGACUUAUCAACACAGUUGUGCCAUUGGAGAAUUUGGAGCAAGAGACCAUAAAAUGGUGCCGAGAGAUUUUAAGAAACAGUCCGACUGCAAUUCGAGUACUCAAAGCAGCUCUUAAUGCAGUUGAUGAUGGUCAUGCUGGACUUCAGCAAAUAGCAGGAGAUGCAACACUCAUAUUCUAUGGAACUGAAGAAGGUAUUGAAGGGAAGACAGCAUAUAAUGAAAGAAGGCGCCCUGAUUUCUCCAAAUUUCCUCGACGCCCAUGAAUUAUACGUACUUUUACUUAUAUAAAUCUUGAAUUUUAUUUGGGAUGGUUUAUUCCAUAUUGAUGAACUAAAAAUAGUAUGCACACUGUAUAACUCAUUGGAGUCUCUAUUUGAUUCACAUUGCAAGAAAUUGCUUCUCAUCAAAACAGACACUUGCUCAUUCUUUGUUUUUGUUGUACCAUAAACCUUGACAUUUUUUUGAAAUUAAUUAAUGUUAAGACACUAUUUUUGUUUGAGAUCAAAA